UAGAAAAGACUGAACGGAAUACAUACAAAUAGACCAAAAGCAAAACGAUUCUAAUAAGAUUUGCAUAGGGAAAUAGUGGAACCAAAAUAACCUUGCAUAUCGAAAGUCCAUUAAAUAAAAGUCAUAAAUAAUAAGUUAUAUUAAAUUAAACAUAAAGCAGUACCAUGCAACAUCCGCCGGAAUCUGCUUACAUGUCGGAAGUACCAUUUCAACCACUGUGGGCCCCAGAAACGGCUCCACCACCACCUCCACCAAUUGUGCCCUAUCAGGAUUUAAUAACCGGAUUCCCUUGCAGUGAUUUGGCUCUCUGGCAACGAUCUCAAGUGGGCACGAUUGUAACCCCACGUCCCAAUGGCAGUGGCCGGCAUGUCAAUGGAACAUCAUCGACCAAUCCCAAUCCCACUAAGAAAACACGUCGCCGCACGGCAUCGUUGGCUCAGCGCAGAGCAGCUAAUAUUCGCGAAAGGCGACGAAUGUUUAAUCUGAAUGAAGCAUUCGACAAACUUCGACGUAAAGUACCAACAUUUGCCUAUGAGAAGCGUCUAUCACGCAUUGAAACGCUGCGUUUGGCCAUAACAUACAUUGGAUUUAUGACUGAACUACUUACCGGAACUCCAAUGAAACGUUCAACGGAUAUUUACGGCUCCAUGAAUGGUCAUGCUCCGCACCAUCACCCAGCUGCAAUGGCCCAUCAUUUGCAUCCAGUUGCUUUCCAAAGAGAUUUUGUAUCGCCAUAUGGCCACAGUUUGGCUUAAAUUAAGUGGGAAGAAUUUACGUAA